AUGACGACGUUAGACGGCGCCGGCGACGCGUCAGGCUCGAGCUAUACUCUCGCCGACGAGAUCCUCCUCCUCCAGGAUGAACCCUACAUCAUCCCACAAGAGGUCGCCGUCGACGACAUGAAUCCCUCCGAACAGAUCUCCACACUCGACACCGCCAUCGACGCAAUCACUUCCAGCCCAGACAACGUGUCCAAUCCAGAGAUCUACGACCUCAUCCGCUCCUACCUCAAGCACUUCCCGAAUCUCUGUCCCAAUGCCUGCAACAAGCUCCUCGACGUCAUUGCUUCCGGCAUGUCCAAUGCCCUCGACGAGGCGCAGCGCGAACUCGAUGGCGAGGAUCCCAACGCCUAUGCCUCCCACGCAGAGACAUUGGAACGGUUCGCCUUCCUUCUCCAGUGGCUCGUAUCGGUGGCCGAAAAGCACAGCGGCGCCAGAAGCGACAACGCAUCUUCCGCCGCUGCCAUCACCGCCGCUAGAGGCGGUCGCCGAGGCACAGGAUCCAAGUCGGCCGCCGCAGCCGCCGCCGCCAAGUCCGGCUCCGGCAAGGCAGACGCAUGGGCAUGGUCCAACUCCAUCCCCGCCGUGCUCGCACUCAUGUCCAAAGCCGCUCGCGUGCGCAGCGAACGUAUGUGGACCGUCUCGGCCGCCCGCGACGCUUUCGUCUCCGGCUGUCUGCUCCGUCCCGCACUCUUGCUCCAGGAAAACGAGUCGUACCUCAAAGUACAGCCCAUCAAGCUCGGCAUCUUCAAGGUCAUCUGUCAAGCCGUAAAGGCGCAUGGUCAGGCUUUCAGCGCCCAGACCAGCAUCAUGCAGAGCCUCCAGUACUACGAACACCUCGCAGAGCCCAUGGCUGAGCUGCUCGCCGUCAUGCGUCUCGAAUUCGACUACGAGCGCCUCGGCGAGGAGGUCCUCCGCGAGGUCGCCGCAAAGAGCUUCGGCGCCAUGGACACAAAGAGUCCGCGCUCCUUUGGCCGCUUCCUCGUACGCAUGGCCGAGCUCAGCCCACGCAGCGUGCUCAAGCAGAUCAGCCUCCUGCAGAAGCACCUCGACUCCGAGUCGUAUCCCAUGCGCAACGCCCUCAUCGAGACCCUCGGCCUGCUCAUCAAGGAGCUCGCUCUCACAGACGACUCGCUCAACGCCGACGGCGCCGCCAACGGCGCAGGCACCGACGAGGGCGCCGACGAGAACCGCGGCACCGCAGAGGCGCGCAAGAAGCAGAUCGAGACCUUCUUCGAUCUGCUCAUCGAGCGCUUCCUCGACCUCAACUCCUACGUCCGCUCCAAGCUCAUCACCGUCUGCGCGCGCCUCCUCGACCUUCCCACCAAGUUCCCCAAGCAGCGCACAGAGAUCACCAACAUGGUCAUCCGCCACCUCGAAGACAAGAGCAGCGGUGUGCGCAAAAACGCAAUCGCCCUUCUCACCAAGCUCAUCCUCACCCAUCCCUUUGGCAUGCUCCACGGUGGCGAGCUCAGCUUGCAGGAGUGGCAGGCGCGUUUCGACCUCGUCUCCAAGGAGCUCGAGGAGACCGAAGGCUCGCUCAACCUGCCUGGCGAAGACACAGUCGACCAGGACGCAGACUCGGAAGACGAAGAUGAGGACGAAGAAGAAGAUGACGAUGAAGACAUGGACGAGGACGGCGACGAGACCGUCACCAACGAUGACGAGGAUGAAGAAGAAGACGACGAGGAUGCGCCUCCGCGUCGCAAGUCGGCCAGCAAGUCCAAGUCCAAGAGCACAAAGCCCAAGGCCAAGAAGGGCCGUCGAUCCGGUGUCGACAUGCAGGCCCUCGCUGCCGCCCAGGCCGAGAUGGAGCCUGUCGACGCCGAAAAGGUGAUGCGUCUGCGUCUCACCAAGCGCUACUACACCGACGCCAUCGCCUUCAUCACGCAGAUCGAGACGGCCAUGCCCAACCUCACCCUGCUGCUCGCCUCCACCAACAAGGCCGAGGUGCUCGAGAGCAUGGAGUUCUUCCGCGUCGCCUACGAGUACAAGCUCUCCGGUGCUGCCGCCGGUGUGCGCAAGAUGGUCCACCUCAUCUGGACCAAGGACAACGCGCUCGUCAUGGAGGACGGCAGCCAGCUCAAGGGCGUCCGCUCGCGUCUCAUCGAGGUCUACCGUGCGCUCUACUUUGAUGCGCGGGCCGAUAUGAACGCCAAGGACAAUGUCGCGCGCAUCGCCAAGAACAUGAUCGAACGCACCUUUGGCGCCACGCUCGCCGAACUCACCUCGCUCGAAGAGAUGCUCAAGACGAUGCAGAUCGAGAAUCUCGUGCAUCCAGAGGUGGUCAACAAGCUCUGGGCCGUCUAUUCCGCGCCCCGCGCCAUCUCGGCCGCCCAGCGACGAGGAGCAAUCAUUGUGCUCGGCAUGCUCGCCACCGCCAGGCGCGAGAUCAUCUCGGAGCAGAUCGACGUGCUGCUGCGCGUCGGCCUCGGCCCGCUCGGCGCACGCGACGUCGUGCUGGCCAAGUACACGUGCGUCGCGCUGCAAAGACUCGGCGGCAGCGUUAAGAAGGUCAAGGGUGCGCUGAGCGACGAGAGCGUGCGCUAUCCCAUGAGCCACCCGCUCUUCGGAAGGCUCAGGGCGGCGAUCCAGAUGUCCGGCGACGUGCUCAAGGGCGAGAGCAAGGCGGAGUGGUUCAGCCUCGCCGAAAACGCCAUCAACACCGUCUACCUGCUGGGCGAACAGCCGGACGCCAUGUGCACCGAGAUCAUCUGCAGCAUGACCUCGCGUGUAUUUGGCGGCAAGCCUGCAGUUCGUGCGGCCAGCCCGUCGAGUGCCAUGGACGAGGACCGCGACGACGCUGGUAGCGACGUUUCCAUGGCCGAUGCCAGGGAGUCGCUCUCCGGUGCCGACGCGCCUGUGACGGGCGAUGCAUUCCAGCUGGCCCAGCUGCUCUUUGUCGUUGGCCACGUGGCACUCAAGCACAUCGUCUACCUCGAACUGGUGGAGCGCGAAUACAAGCGCCGCAAGACCGAGGCGGACAAGGAGAAGGCGGUGGCCAAGGCGGUAUCCGAGGGCAAGGCGAGCAAGGCUGCUGCCGCUGCCGCUGCUGCCGCGGUCGAGGAGCUCGACCAGGUGGCGGGCAAUGCCGAGGACGAGAUCGGCGAGGUGAUAGCGAGCGUGCGCGAGAAGGAGCUGCUGUACGGCAACCGCAGUGUGCUGGCCAUGUUUGGCCCAAUCGUCACGCACGUCUGCAGCAGCCCCAAGUCGUACCCGAACGAGCUCGUGCGACGUGCAGCCGUGCUGACGCUGUGCAAGUUCAUGUGCGUCUCGUCGACGUUCUGCGAAGCGAACCUUGCGCUGCUGCUGCUUCUCACCAAGUCCAAGGAUGCGGUGAUCCGCAGCAACGUCGUGAUUGCGCUGGGCGACAUUGCGGUGUGCUUUGGCUCGCUGGUCGACGAGAACUCGGACCGGCUCUACGCGGGUCUGGGCGAUCCGGACCUGUCGGUCAAGAAGCACACGCUCAUGGUGCUCACCCACCUCAUCCUCAACGGCAUGAUCAAAGUCAAGGGUCAGCUGGGCGAGAUGGCCAAGUGUCUCGAGGACCCCGAGCCGCGCGUGUCGGACCUGGCCAAGCUCUUCUUCAGCGAGCUCGCCACCAAGGAGAAUGCGGUGUACAACAAUCUGCCGGACAUCAUCUCGCAUCUGUCCAUCGGCAAGCACGCCGUGGACGAGGAGACGUUCGCGCGCACCAUGAAGUUCAUCUUUACCUUUAUCGACAAGGAGAAGCAGGCGGAGAAUGUGGUGGAGAAGCUGUGCCAGCGAUUCCGCAUGGCGUCGGAAGAGAGGCAGUGGCGCGACAUUGCCUUCUGCCUGUCGCUGCUGCCGUACAAGAGCGAGCGCUCCAUCAAGAAGCUCAUCGACGGACUGCCGUUCUACCAGGACAAGCUGUUCCAGCCCGAGGUGUACAAGCGCUUCCAGGAGAUCCUGGCCAAGGCGCGUGCCAACAAGACCGCCGGUGGUGCAGGUGCCGGACGCGGCGCUGGCGGUGCUGCGGCAGGCGGCGCCGCCGGCGAGGGCGCGGGUGAUCUGCGCGAGUUCGAGGAGAUCCUCGCCCAGGCCGCGGCCAAGGGCGAGCAGGACGAGGCGCUGGAGGGCGCUGCUCAAGCCAAGGUCGCCAAGCUCACCAGAGGCAAGGGCCGAGGCAAGACGAGCAGCGCGGCAGCUACGGGCGCGGCCAAGAGGGCGACGCGCGCGAGUCGCAGGAUCUCGGUUGCCAGUGAGGCCUAG